AUGGCGCGCACCACCCGCGGCGCAAAGUCGCCAGUCCAGCAGUCAAUCUCACAAACAUCAUCCUCACCAUCAUCACAAAUACAAUCACAGUCAGAAGCGGAGCCGCCGCCACCGCUCACGUACGAGGUCCUCACCAGCGACGACGCCAAGCGCGACGCGCUGCAGCUCGUCGCCGACAGCAUCGCGCAGCAGCGGCAGGUCGCGUCCCUGGCCGUCAUCUUCCACCCGGCGUGCUUCGUCGCCGUCGUCGUCGCCUGCACGCUCGCCUGGCGGCACAAUGCCGCGCGCGACGUCGGCACCGCCAUGACGGCCUGCUCGGGCCUCGUCAUCGCCUUCCUCGCCGCCGUGCGCCUCCUCACCUCGCGCUACGUCAAUAUCGCCGAGGCGUUUCGCUGGCGCGACUUCAUCGCACCCCCAGCGCCGGGCCGGGCGGAGGACCUCGUGCUGGGCGCGCGCUUCGGCGAGGAGCUCAUCGGCGCGCUGGUUCUGCGGCUGGUGCCUCCCGCUGACGGCGACGAGGGAGGUCGUCAGGCCGACCCGUCGUCGUCGUCUACUCCCUCGACGCGGAGCAAGAGGAAGAGUGCGAAGAACAAGAAGCUGCAGCAGGGGGAGAAGGGUGGCGCGCCGCAAGCUGGCGGCGGCGGCAGCGGCGGCUUGGUGCGCGCGUGGACGACCAAGCUGCGGUACCGCGGGCGCGGCAUCGGCGGCGACCUGCUGCGCUUCGCCGUGGUGACGACGCGCAGCGCCUGCGACGACGACAGCGCGACCGUGUCCUUUGACCCCGCGCACGCCAACAGCGCGCUGCCGCUGCCCUCCAUGUUCAACCGGCCGUUCCGCACCCGCGACGACAAGGCGCGCCGGGCGCUGGCGCACGCGCUCCGCGACUGCGACUCUGGCGACAGCAGCGCCUUUGCGUUUCGGUAG